AUGUCUGCACACAUUGUCAGGUGGUCUCCAGAUGGAGAUAAAUAUGAGGUGGUGGUAGAUGACGAGGUGAACAUCUAUGACCUGGAGACGGCGUCGGUGACAGGAACAAUCACGAACUCCAAAAGAAUCUCCUCUGUUAAGUUCUUAAAUAACUCCCUCCUGGCCGUCGCAGGAGAUGAUGAGAUCGUGAUGUUGUGUGAAUUGGAAAAACUGAAAUGUGUGUGUGAGUUCAAGGCUCAUGAAACAAGGGUGAAAGCAGUGGACAGUUUUAUGAUGGAGGAUUACUGCGUGUUGGUGACGGCUUCCAAUGACAGAUUGAUCAAGAUGUGGAAGCUCCACCUUAAAGAGGAGCUGGAACCUCCCACCCUCCUCGUGGAAGUGAACACCUCGGCCCGGCUGACGUGCCUCGCCGUGUGGAAACCUUCAUCGGUGCAGCCGCCCGCUGAGGAACCAGCAGCUGCUGCGACGACAUCUGAAGAACUCACUCGAGAGCUUUCAAAGACCAAGAGAGUUCGAAUUGCGACGGAAGUAGUCGUUCUGGAAGACGAGAGCAAACCCAGAAAGAAGAAAGAAAAAGGCAGUUGGAAAAUGAAAUGAGCAGCAAUAAAGAAAACAUCUUUCAAAGAUCUACAUGCACUCUUUUAUAUGUUUGAACUAUUUUUUUGUUGAACAUGCUGGUACCUGUA